GCACGAGUGCGACGAUGAGCGGACGGCGAGGAGGAAAGCGCAACGCGUUUGGGCGCACGGUGCGCAUCAACCGCAAGACCAAGCUGGUCGUGCAGUUUGACGAGGAUGACAGACACGAUUACCUGACAGGGUUCAGCCGGCGGAAGAAGGAGAGACAGAGAAAGGCGCAAGAGGCUGCCGAGCUCCAGGCGAAGGAGUCAAAACGUGAAGAGAAGCAACACAAACGUGAGGCACUGCGAAAGCGUCUCAGCAAACUCACCAGCAUCCCCGAGAUCCUUUCCAAGCCCGAGUGGGUGGCGACCAACACGGAUACCCAUCGCUUUGACACAGAGGAGAAGAAGGUGUCGGUGAAUGUGGCAACGAUGGAGCUGACGGAAGGCCCGCCGAGCAUUGACGCGCUGACAGAUGAUGACGGGCGGCCACAGCGGAAGAGAUCCAAGACAGGCAGCGAUGCUGCGGCAAAGACGUCAAAGUCCAGCGCCGGUGACAAUGACGACGAUGAGGAGGAUGACACCCGCCAUCUCCCACGUGAUGACACGACGACUACCAUUGAGUUCAAGAAGCGAUCUUCGUCGUCCUCCAAGUCGAGGUCGAAUCGCGGCAAGCACAGACAUGGACGCGGUGGCGGCCGUGGAGGUGGCCGUGGUGGUGGCCGUGGUGGUGGUAAGCGAGGCCGGGGAAGGGGGCGAUCGGGCAAGGGCGGGCGCUAGGACAGGCGAGCGCACACGUGUGCGUGUGUCUGUGUGUGUCUGUGUGUGUCUGUGUGUGUCUGUGUGUGUGUCUGUGUGUGCUGUGAGAUAGGCGUGCUGCUGGGGGGGGGUUUCAUGUGGUCUUGCUCGUUGGCGUUGCUUGUUUUCUUGAGCUAGAUGUUGCAUUGCUCAGUACACACACACAAGGUUGUAAACGAUGCUCGUUGGAGAA